UAUGAAACAAAUCGGAUGUCAACAAAUUAAACUUGCUGCAGACUUCGAAAGUGGUGUAACAAUUUUCUUAAAAAUAUUUUCUAGUAAAAUGUUUGAUUAGCUUGUUUUAACAUUACUAGUGAUUUGUUAAGUAGAGUGUAUAAAAUAUAAACAUUAAAAUGCUGUUACCAUCGCUGGCACGGAUAGCCCACAAAUUCAGUACAAAGCCCUUGCUCCGAGUCCCCAGAUCGUUGCCGGCGCCGGUCCGGUUCAUAGGUCGAGAUCAAAAUGCGGAAGCGUCUCGGAGGCAUCGGAUUCGUACCACCAUCUACUAUGUGGCCGCGGCCGGUGUGCUAACGGUGGGCAUGAGCUACGCCGCUGUUCCCCUCUAUCGGAUGUUUUGCCAGGCGUACAGCUACGGUGGAACCACCAGUCAGGGCCAUGACGCCGAGAAGGUGGAAUCCAUGCAGAGGAUCAAGGACCGGGUGAUCAAGAUUCGAUUCAACGCCGACCUGGGAGCGGCGAUGCGAUGGAAUUUCAAACCACAGCAGCCGGAGAUUAACGUCGUUCCGGGUGAAACUGCGUUAGCUUUCUACACGGCUAAGAAUCCUUCAGACCAACCGGUGAUAGGAAUCAGUACCUACAAUGUGGUGCCAUUUGAAGCCGGACAAUACUUUAACAAAAUCCAAUGUUUCUGCUUUGAAGAGCAGCAGCUUAAUCCGCACGAAGAGGUGGAUAUGCCUGUGUUCUUCUACAUUGAUCCCGAAAUCAUGGACGACCCCAAAAUGGAGCUCGUGGACUCCAUUACGUUAUCGUAUACAUUUUUCGAAGCGAAGGAGGGCUUAAACUUCCAAAUGCCUUCAUACGCAACGAAACAUGGUGCAUAAAUUUUUAUUUUUGACCGUUAA